CCCGACUCUUAUUCUCCUCCAUCGCUGCAGUUUAUGAAGCGGCCCCCUUCUCAAGUUCAACAGCUGUGGCUACUUCUCUCCGAUCAAUCAGCUGGGGCUUCGAUCGAUCACUGAAGUGCUUGAUUGCAAACCUCUAAAGAACCACCGAUUAAAUACGAUUCCAUCUCACUCUUUACAGACUUUUUCAUAAAAGCCAAUUAUAAAUGGCUUCAUCGGCACCACCCCCGAAGCUGUAUACUGAUGAUGUAAGUCUCAUCGUGAUCAUACUCGAUACCAACCCCUUCUUUUGGGGCACCCUCUCAAACACAACGGCCUCAAACUUCUCCUUUUCCAAAUUCCUCAACCACAUGAUUCCCUUUGUUAACUCGCUUCUCCUGCUUAACCAACUCAACCAUGUUGUCCUUAUUGCUGCUGGUGUUACUUCUUGUGGAUACAUAUAUGAUUCUGCCACAGCUGUGGCGUCUGAUGGUGGUCAGAAGGUGCCUGCUGUUUGUUCUGAGAUCUUGAGUCGCUUGGAGGAGUUUGUUGCAAAAGAUCAAAAACUCGGUAAUGGUGAUCUGAGGACAGUUGGCGGUGUGAUGUCAUCAUUGUUCUCAGGGGCACUCUCACUUGCACUUUGUUAUAUACAGAGGGUUUUCCGGUCUGGUAUGCAGCAUCCUCAGCCAAGGAUUUUAUGCUUGCAGGGCUCCCCAGAUGGACCUGAACAAUAUGUUGCAGUGAUGAAUGCAAUAUUCUCAGCGCAACGUUCCAUGGUUCCUAUUGAUUCAUGUGUUGUGGGAAUGCAACACUCUGCCUUCUUGCAGCAGGCUUCAUAUAUUACCGGUGGGGUUUAUCUGAAACCACAACAGCUGGAUGGCUUAUUUGAAUAUUUCACAGCAGUAUUUGCAACUGAUUUGCAAUCUCGCAGUUUCUUGCAACUUCCUAGACCUGUUGGUGUGGAUUUUCGUGCUUCGUGCUUUUGCCAUAAAAAGACCAUUGACAUGGGGUAUGUUUGCUCUGUUUGUCUAUCAAUAUUCUGCAAACCUCACAAAAAGUGUUCCACUUGUGGAUCAGAAAUCAGUCACUCACAAACUGAACAGUUGGAUCGCAAAAGAAAACUUUCAGAAGUUUGAUAUAACAGGCAAGCGCACAGCCUCACACCUUGCUAAUUGUUAGAUGCAUCAUCGGCUUUUUUUUCAGGUGUUGAAUCCUCAAGCAAGACACAGCAUCUUAUCUUCUUUCAAGCAUGACUUGUGAGGAAUUUUUGUGCCGGCGUCAUACUUACCUACUGUCGUAACCCUUUUUCUCUAUAAUUGAGCACAUAAUACUUGCAACAUCCCAUGCAUGUAAAGUAAACCAUCUCCUAAUAUUUAGGUGAUGUUUGAUAGUGUGGAUUAUAAAAGGUGUUGUAGAUUUGAAUGGAAGGAAUGGAAUUUAACUAUUGUCAUUGGAUUAAUGGGCACAUGAUGAAUGCCCAGUUUGUUAUUAUUCUCUUGUUUGCAUUGUAAUUUAGAGGAAAUACUAAAAUGUUGACUUAAUCCUGUCUAUUUU